AUGCAGAACGAACGCUUCGACUAUCUCGUCUUGAGCUACAUGUGGGGAACUAAUCACACGCAACAACUCCGCCUCCUGCAGUCUAACAUCAAAGACUUCCAAAAGGAGAUUCCACGCACAAAGUUCGAGGCCUCGGACGUGUACAAAGAAGCGGUCCGCGUCACUCUUGCGCUCGGAUACAAGUACCUUUGGAUAGACAGUCUGACCAUCAUCCAAGACUCACCGGAAGACUGGGCUUACGAAGCCCGUCGCAUGGCCAUUGUAUACGGAAACGCCACAGCAAAUCUCGCCUUCCUCUUCCCACCCCACGCAGCCGACAAACCGCGCCAACGCGACGACCCGCGCGUUUGGAACCCAUGUAUCUUCCGCGCUCCAUCUUCGCAAACACCCGGUAUCUACGUCGAACAUACAAAGUCCUCUCUCCGGCGGGACUACGCACCCGAGGAGAAAGCCCAAGACUGGCUCGUCCAACGCACCUGGCCUCUUUUCAACCGCGCAUGGACGUUUCAGGAGUACCUCUUAGCACCCCGGACUUUGCUGCUUGGACACAAGAACCUCAUGUGGCAGUGUUCAGAAGGGUUUUAUGAUGAAUUACUCGGUGCCGUUGCGGAAACGCAUACGACGACGCCUCAAGAUCCCAAGCGUGGCAAGGAUAGAGGAAAAUCACGGUAUUUUCCAGACACUAUACAUGAGAUGAGUGUGCUGAAGAAGAAGAGAGGCAGUCUGAGUGAACCUGCGGUUCUGUCUUUUAUGCUGGAUUGGCAGAAUCUAGUCGACGAAUAUCGGUCUCGCAAACUGUCUUUUGGGAAAGAUAGAAUCAUUGCUUUUGCGGGUGUAGCGCGUGCGUUUUCCAAUUUGGGCCAACUGACCUACCUAGCGGGCUUGUGGUGGGAAAUUCUCCCCAUUGCACUCCUUUGGUAUGUUGACAAGAAAAUGGCACCGCUUGUUCGUCGCGAGAAUGGGUUGCCGAAUGGUGAGCUACCGAGCUCGGUGUGGACGACUGAGAUUGGAGAGAAGGUUGUACAACCAGAGUUACCGAGCUGGUCGUGGUUCUCCGUUCCGAUAUGGAGGUACUAUCAACUGUACUUCCUAUUUGGAGAUGACGAGUUGGCGGUGCGGUGUAAGGGUUAUAGCGACCCGAAGCUUGUGUGCUGGGACGAUGUCUUCUGGGCAGAAGUCAAGGGGUUCAAGUUUGCGGGACUGGCGAAAGAUCGUGUACCAGAGGGAGGUUUGUUUGACUUUUCCGGCCUGCAAGUCACGAUUGCGGCAUUGGUUUUGCCUGUCAAAGCGGAUUGGCCAGCCGAUCUGGCGACGCAGAUGCGAUGGCUGCAGCAACAUACUGCUAGUUCUUCCGGAAGCAGUUUUCGUUGGGAACCAGUCUUGGAGUACUAUCCUGAUGAUCCGGCUGGUCGUCCUUCGCCGCCUCGAAACGCAAUCUAUGCGUUGAUGGCGGAGUUCCAGGUUGUGAGGACAGCGGGUAAAAAUAACGUUCAGCGGCGGCUGGCUGGGUUGAUGCUGGUGCCUGGAACUAAAGAAGGAACAUGGAGGAGGGUUGGAGUGUGGAAGCUCAGGAUCAAUGUGGUUGAUGUGCAUGUCAGCGGGGAGAACAUCGCGGAGGUCGCGAAGAGGUGGAGGAAGAUGAGUGUGGUGUCGAAUAAGUGGCAGCAUGUGUUGAUUACUCUGGCAUAG